AUGGACUCACUCAUGCAGGCACACUCUUCUACAAACAACUUGCCAACAUUUCCUCUGGGAAAUGUUGGCGAGUUCGAGAAGUUGGAGGCGCAUCUGCAGUCAAAUGCAGAAAUGAGGGAAAUAUUGAAACAAUCAUUUCUUCAAUUGGAAGCAGAUCAGCCUAUAAGUUUUGUUAAGAGAGCGGUGCGGAGUGUGCUCGAAGAUAGUGUAGCCGGCUAUUUUCGGAUGAAAGGGACAGACACGAAAAAGGCUAUUGGACAGUCUUUCUUUAUUAAAAUAAUAAAAGAUAUUCCACCAGAAGAUCAACAAGCUGAGGGUGGUCCAGAACCCGAUAUUCCACCAGAAGAUCAACAAGCUGAGGGUGGUCCAGAACCCGCUCUCACUCUUUCAACUCAGUUGAAAGAGUCCGAAGAGCGGGAUAGGACAGACGAGCGAAUUAGAAGGAACUCUCUCUUAAUCUCUGAAUUAAGAGCAGAAGUGUCUUCUCUUAGAGCUCAGAUGGACUCACUCAUGCAGGCACACUCUUCUACAAACAACUUGCCAACAUUUCCUCUGGGAAAUGUUGGCGAAUUCGAGAAGCUGGAGGCGCAUCUGCUGUUAAAUGCAGAAAUGAGGCAAACAUUGUUCAGACGGAAAAUCUUAAUCCUCAAAAAACAAUCCUCAACAAUUUGGAGAGUUCGAGAAGUUGGAAGCGAAUCUGCAGUCAAAUGCAGAAAUGAGGCAAACAUUGAUAUUCCACCAGAAGAUCAACAAGCUGAGGGUGGUCCAGAACCCGAUAUUCCACCAGAAGAUCAACAAGCUGAGGGUGGUCCAGAACCCGCUCUCACUCUUUCAACUCAGUUUGCCAACAAUUUGGAGAGUUCGAGAAAUAUUCCACCAGAAGAUCAACAAGCUGAGGGUGGUCCAGAACCCGAUAUUCCACCAGAAGAUCAACAAGCUGAGGGUGGUCCAGAACCCGCUCUCACUCUUUCAACUCAGUUGAAAGAGUCCGAAGAGCGGGAUAGGACAGACGAGCGAAUUAGAAGAAACUCUCUCUUAAUCUCUGAAUUAAGAGCAGAAGUGUCUUCUCUUAGAGCUCAGAUGGACUCACUCAUGCAGACACACUCUUCUACAAACAACUUGCCAACAUUUCCUCUGGGAAAUGUUGGCGAGUUCGAGAAGCUGGAGGCGCAUCUGCUGUUAAAUGAAGAAAUGAGGGAAACAUUGUUCAGACGGAAAAUCUCAAUCCUCAAAAAACAAUCCUCAACAAUUUGGAGAGUUCGAGAAGUUGGAAGCGAAUCUGCAGUCAAAUGCAGAAAUGAGGGAAAUAUUGAUAUUCCACCAGAAGAUCAACAAGCUGAGGGUGGUCCAGAACCCGAUAUUCCACCAGAAGAUCAACAAGCUGAGGGUGGUCCAGAACCCGCUCUCACUCUUUCAACUCAGUUGAAAGAGUCCGAAGAGCGGGAUAGGACAGACGAGCGAAUUAGAAGAAACUCUCUCUUAAUCUCUGAAUUAAGAGCAGAAGUGUCUUCUCUUAGAGCUCAGAUGGACUCACUCAUGCAGGCACACUCUUCUACAAACAACUUGCCAACAUUUCCUCUGGGAAAUGUUGAUAUUCCACCAGAAGAUCAACAAGCUGAGGGUGGUCCAGAACCCGCUCUCACUCUUUCAACUCAGUUGAAAAAGUCCGAAGAGCGGGAUAGGACAGACGAGCGAAUUAGAAGGAACUCUCUCUUAAUCUCUGAAUUAAGAGCAGAAGUGUCUUCUCUUAGAACUCAGAUGGACUCACUCAUGCAGGCACACUCUUCUACAAACAACUUGCCAAUACUUCCUCUGGGAAAUGUUGAUAUUCCACCAGAAGAUCAACAAGCUGAGGGUGGUCCAGAACCCGCUCUCACCCUGUCAACUCAGUUGAAAGAGUCCGAUUAG